GCGGGGCCUCUGCCCCUGGGCGGCACGAUGACCGACACCAGGCGGCGGGUGAAGGUGUACACGCUCAACGAGGACCGGCAGUGGGACGACCGGGGCACCGGGCACGUGUUGUCCGGCUACGUGGAGCGGCUGAAGGGCAUGUCCUUGCUCGUCCGGGCCGAGAGCGACGGCUCUCUACUUUUAGAAUCCAAAGUAAAUCCUAACACUGCAUACCAGAAACAACAGGAUACUUUGAUUGUGUGGUCAGAAGCUGAAAACUAUGAUUUGGCCCUUAGCUUUCAAGAAAAAGCUGGAUGUGAUGAAAUUUGGGAGAAAAUAUGUCAGCUAUCAUAAAUAUGAUUUAAUGUUCAAGGAAAGGACCCUUCAGUGGACAUCACUCAGGACCUUGUAGAUGAAUCUGAAGAGGAGCGUUUUGAUGAUAUGUCAUCGCCAGGUUUAGAAUUGCCAUCUUGUGAAUUAAGUCGUCUUGAGGAAAUUGCAGAACUUGUGGCAUCAUCUUUACCUUCCCCCCUACGUCGUGAAAAACUUGCACUAGCACUGGAAAAUGAGGGUUAUAUUAAAAAGCUCUUAGAGCUUUUUCAUGUAUGUGAGGAUUUGGAAAAUAUUGAAGGACUGCACCACUUGUAUGAAAUUAUCAAAGGCAUCUUCCUCUUGAAUCGAACUGCUCUUUUCGAAGUUAUGUUCUCUGAGCAAUGUAUAAUGGAUGUUAUUGGAUGCUUAGAAUAUGAUCCUGCUUUAUCACAACCACGAAAACACAGGGAGUUUCUAACAAAAACAGCCAAGUUUAAAGAAGUGAUUCCCAUAUCAGAUCCUGAGCUGAAACAAAAAAUUCAUCAGACAUACAGAGUCCAGUAUAUACAAGAUAUGGUUCUACCUACCCCUUCAGUCUUUGAAGAAAAAAUGUUAUCAACACUUCACUCCAUCUUUUUCAAUAAGGUAGAGAUUGUUGGUAUGUUGCAGGAAGAUGAAAAAUUUCUGACAGAUUUGUUUGCACAACUAACAGAUGAAGCAACAGAUGAGGAAAAAAGACAGGAAUUGGUUAACUUUUUAAAAGAAUUUUGUGCGUUUUCCCAAACGCUACAACCUCAAAACAGAGAUGCUUUUUUCAAGAUUUUGUCAAACAUGGGCAUAUUACCAGCUUUAGAAGUCAUCCUUGGCAUGGAUGAUACACAGGUGCGAAGUGCUGCUACUGAUAUAUUCUCAUACUUGGUUGAAUAUAAUCCAUCCAUGGUACGAGAGUUUGUCAUGCAGGAGGCACAACAGAAUGAUGAUGAUAUUUUGCUCAUCAACCUCAUUAUAGAACAUAUGAUUUGUGAUACAGACCCUGAACUUGGAGGAGCAGUCCAACUUAUGGGCCUGCUUCGAACUUUAGUUGACCCAGAGAACAUGUUAGCUACUUCCAAUAAAACAGAAAAGACUGAAUUUCUGGGUUUCUUCUACAAACACUGUAUGCAUGUCCUCACUGCUCCUUUACUGGCAAAUACCACGGAAGACAAACCUAGCAAAGAUGAUUUUCAGACUGCCCAGUUGUUGGCACUUGUAUUGGAAUUGUUAACGUUUUGUGUGGAGCAUCAUACCUACCACAUAAAGAACUACAUAAUUAAUAAGGACAUCCUCCGGAGAGUGCUAGUGCUCAUGGCCUCGAAGCAUGCUUUCUUGGCAUUAUAAACCGUGUCAGCAUGGUUGCCUGGCUACCUGCUCAUGAAGGACUUGAUUAAUAACAAAUUGGCAAUUUAACGAGCCACUUCCAUGAUCUCCAAAGAAACCAAAAUACAAACACAAUAUUUAAUUU